AUGUUCCAGCUGCGUAAUGUUGUGGGCACUGAGGUGGGUCAUGCGAUACUGGACACCAAAUACCAGCUGGAAAACGAAAUAGGAAGUGGAACGUUUGGUACUGUCUGUGUUGCGCGGACAAAAGGCUCCGCCAGGCUUGUGGCCGUGAAAACUCUACGUCAAAGUUACUCUUGCGAACCAAGUCGUCUAAGAGAAGUACAAUUCUAUCAGUCGGUGCCGCCGCAUGCAAACCUCGUUGCUCUUAAUGAGAUGUUCCUAGACGCGAACACCAACCAGUUGCAUUUUAUAACCGAGCUCAUGGAUUGCAAUCUACUAGAAAUGGUUCGGAAACGAGAAGGAAGGCCUCUCAAAGUGCCUACGUUGGUCUCUUUAUUUUCCCAGUUAAUCAGGGGCCUCGCACAUAUCCACGCUCAUGGGUUUGUUCACCGUGACCUUAAGCCCGAAAACAUUCUGGUGUCUACGUCUCAGGGUGAGGUGGUGCUGAAAAUUGCCGAUUUCGGUCUGGCACGACGCGCAGAAAUCGAGCCUUCUUCGCAUCGAUGGACAUCCUAUGUGGCUACAAGAUGGUAUCGAGCCCCUGAACAACUUUUGGAAAUUCGUGAGCAUUCGUACCCUUUAGAUAUUUGGGCCCUGGGUACCCUUAUCGCAGAGUUGUGUAAUUUAGCACCGCUUUUCCCAGGAAGAGACCGUUUAGAUAUGCUCCGGCGACAAAUGCGAGUCUUGGGCACCCCAUCUGCAGGCUGCCCCGGCGGGUACUGGAAAGAACUUGGCGACUACUCUCCAGAAGUGACUGAGCUUCUUGAUUUGAAGUUCCCAGGAAACAACGAGAUUAUCAUCACAGAAAAUUUAAAAAAGUUCGGCGAUAUCGUCCGAUGCUGCAUACAAUGGGAUCCUGCUAAGCGAGCCAGUCUCACAACUAUCAUGGCCCGUAUCAAACUAAUAUCCAUUGACAAACCACUUAGGAGAGCUGAGCCUUUCCGCUUAGCUUAG